AUAGAAAUCUGAUGAAGUCUCUGGUUUCGCUGGUUUUGUUUCGAGAAUAAUUUCUAAUCUUUCUUUGUCAGUUAAAAAUUAAAAUACUUUUGUUUUCAAAAAUAUAAUUUACUCUAUAUUAUUAAUAGCAGGAGCAAUGUUGGGGUCGGGAGAUAGCGGCUAUAUUGUAAAAUUGCGUGGCCUGCCUUUCUCCACCACCGUCGAAGAUGUCAUCGAUUUUCUAAACGGGGUUAAAAUAGUUGAUGGGAAAGCUGGUGUGUAUUUAACUGAAAUACGUCCAGGACGUCCAUCAGGAGAAUGCUUUGUAGAAGUUGAAAGUCAAGAGGAUGUGGACCUUGCACUCAAAAAAGACAAGGAAAAUUUAGGAAAAAGAUACAUUGAAGUAUUUGCAACUGAUCGGCAAGACAUGGAAUGGGCUCUUAAUGCCAUGCGGCAAAAUGAAAAUGGAUUUGACAAUGUUCCAUUUGUCUCUGAUGACAUGGGUAUUGUGAAACUCCGGGGCUUGCCUUAUGGUUGCUCCAAAGAAGAAAUUGUACAAUUCUUUGAUGGUAUUCCGGUGGCACCGGACGGUGUCCACUUGCUCUCGGAUCAGACGGGGCGGGCUUCGGGCGAGGCGUUUGUAUACUUCGUAGACAAGGAGAGCGCACAAGAGGCUCUCAUCAGAGACAGGGAGAAAAUAGGACACAGGUACAUAGAGGUGUUCCCGAGCGACAGUGAGGAGGUGCGCGCGUACGGCGGCGGCGGCGGGGGGCGCGGGGAGGGCGGCCCGGCGCGCGCGUGUCGCGGCCCCCGCCCGCCCCGCCCCGCGCCCUACGCCCGCGGCGCGCGCCCCCCCGGACCCCGGUACAACAAUUUCGGGAUGGGUCGCGGCGGCGGCGGCGGGGGCGGGGGGUCGCGGCCCGGCGGGACCCACUGCGUGCACAUGCGGGGCCUGCCCUUCAGGGCCACGGCGCAAGAUAUAGCUUACUUCUUCAAGCCGAUCCGUCCCGUGAACAUCAACAUCCUAUUCGACAAUUCGGGUCGGCCCUCUGGAGAGGCUGACGUCGACUUCGAGUGCCACGAAGACGCCAUGAGGGCGAUGAGGCGGGACAAGAACAACAUGGACCACCGCUACAUCGAGCUGUUCAUGAACUCCGCGCCGGGGGCGGGCGGCUUCAAGGGCAACCGGAACUUCAACAGGAACUACUGAACCGCUCGUCCGCCGCGACGUCCAACUGUUCUAGAUUAUGUUCUCCCAUUCUUUAAUUAAUUAUAUUACUUAGUUAUUACAUGCUGAGAGCGCACAGUAAAUGUCGUCACUUGUAAACUGGAGGCUGGAAACGUGCUCACGAGUACUCACAGCCGGCAGCCCAUUAGCGAUGCGCUCGCAGACCUCCGGAAAGGUUCGCGAACAGAACGUGUAAUAAUGCGACGAGGAGAUUUUGUUGAAGAACACGGACGCUUUCAUUUCGUAGUUUGUUUUGUUCGUAAACUGAAACUUGAUGUACAUUUGUUUGGACGAUUCGAUAUUUUGAAAAUAAAAUUACUUUAUCUUCGCUUUGAUGUUUUAGGAAUAACUCGUGUCCUUAUAGAUCUGUAUGUAGGUCAACAUUGCGGUGCAGAGGGAACUAACUGUACGGCGCGGUGCCUUACCGUCAAAAGGGAUGGUAUUUCAUUUAAAAAAGUUAACACUAAUAUUAUUUGUAUUUUUACAAAAAAAAAAAAUAUAGGUAGAGGUCCUAGAAAUGAAUUUGUCUUUUUCAAGUUGAAAGCAUUGAGUAUUUACAUUAGAACAAUAGAGUGUACUUAAAAUUGUAAUACUUUCAUGUAAUCUAUAACUCUCUUUAAGAAACAAGACUAAUAUCUAGAUAAUGAAAUUAUAUGUAAAAAUAGAAUGGUAUAUAAUAUCUUUCUCGCUGUUCUGGUUGUCAGUAGCCCAGUAGGAGAACUCGAUCAGUAAAUAGUAGCUUCAUUUAAAGACGCGGCUGGCGACACAAGCACAGGAACAAAUCGUUAAUGUAGCCGUGUAAUAUACAUUUAGAGUUUUCAAAAAUAUAAAAGACACUCCUGUGUGUUAAACAGACCAACUUAUAGUGUUAUUAUUUGACAAAGUCCUCGCGUACCCUCCGCACACACGUAUACGCACACCUACAAUAAGUGAUACAGCUCACGUCGGCGUGCGACCUACACAAUAUAUAUAAAACCGACUUUUUGUUUUAUUUUUAAAAUUAUCUAUUUGAGGGUAUUUUAGUAGCUCGAGCAGUAGCUGCGUCCGCGGAGGGCGGGGACAUCUCGCUGCAGCCGAAUCUAUAUUUUUUAACAAAAACUUAUGCCGAGCAUUUUUCGCACUGUCUCGUUCGGUUUAUUUGAAAUUAUAUUAAAACUUACUGCCGAUGCUGGGACUCCUGUAAACUGUACAAAUGCAAAUAGAAGUAUCUACCUCUUCAGAAAUAUUUUUUGUAUUGGUUAAAAAAAUUAAAGUUUUAUUACCAAAUAAA